AACCAGAAGAUUUCGAUAAGACAUUAUCAGAUUCCUCUCCAAAUUCUAAUAUUAGCGAUCAAACGUAUUAUGAACCUGAUGCAAAAGAUUUUGUAAUACGUGAUAGGUUCAAGUAUAUACAUAGUCAAAAUGGUACUUUAUUAGAAGAUUCUCAACUUUUUUUUAGUGAUAAUGAAUUGAUGAUGGACGAUUCAUCAUCAUCAUACUAUACUUAUUCUUUGUUACAACAGGAAGAAGCGCAACUUCUUUCUUGGAAAAAUGCUAUCGAGUCUAUGUUUAGAGUGGAAUUACUUUUGAUUAAUAUAAAAGUCACAGAUUCUUUACGUCUCAAAGAAAGUAUUAUUAUCGAAUCGAUUUUAAACAAAUUCAAGUUACAUCGUUAUACUAAAAAACGUAAGAUUGAAGAAUCUGCAGCAUCUUCUCCUUCACCUCCUGAGAAUAUUGAUAAUGAGAAUAUUGAAGAGGAAGAAGGCGCUUUAGAAAAUUAA